AUGCAAAUAGCACUUUAUAUCGUCCUCCUUUUUCGCAAGAUCCUAGCCGACUUGGAUCAGCUCGACUACUUGACCUCAUUUGGUUAUCUUCCCGACAGCAUCCGGGAAGGGAACCUACAAGUCUCCAGUGAAUUAUAUGAAACUGGUGUGAUGGCGAUGCAGCGCUCGUUCGGGCUUCCGGAAACCGGGAAAAUAGAUCCUACUUCGUUGAAAUAUAUGAAAAUGAGACGCUGUGGUGUUAAGUAUGAUUUGGAUGGUGACAGAAAGUUGAAUGUUCGGAUGAAGCGUGGUAUUGAUGUUUAUCGAAUUACGCAGCGGCCAAUUACUUACAGAGUGGUGAACGGAGCUCACUCGUUGGAUUACGGUACGGUGCGACGGGUGCUGAGAGAGGUUUUUGAUUUCUACGAUCGAAAUGCUGCUCUCGCAUUUCGGGAAACCUCGGACCCGGAUGCACUUAUGCAAAUUUCGUUUGAGAAGGAGGUCCAACACGGAACUUGCCCAUAUCGAUUCGAAAAUCGCGGAGUUCUAGCCCAUGCUUUCCAACCGCUAAAUCCAAUCUUCAAAAUUGGAAGUGAUCUCCACUUCAAUGAUGUCCAUCAAUGGAGUUCAAACUAUAGAAGCAGCUAUGAAAACCCAUCAUUCUAUGCAGUGGCAGUCCACGAAAUCGGGCAUGCCCUCGGAUUGGACCACAACCCAAACAAUCGUAGCGUGAUGUUUGCCGUCGACAUCCCAAGACCGGCGAAAGAGGAAAUUAACCUGGAUUCUAAUGACCUCUAUGUCUUAAACUAUCUUUAUGGGCGUAAAAAUAGUGAUCGUAUCCCACAUCCGGCUGCUCCAAAACCUCAACCAACUGAAAGACCAUCCGGACCACCAACCGAGCCGCCUACUUAUGGGCCACCACAUGAGGAUCCUAUUAAACCACGCCCAUGUACCUCCGCAGUUGAUGCCAUUUUUACAAUUGAUGACGAAAUCUUUCUUUUUAAGGCCGAUUGGUAUUGGAGAGUCUACAAUAAUACCCGAACCAUCGAGGGACCACUUUUAGUCUCUGAACGAUUCAUGGGCUUACCAACACCCAUUGAUGCAGCAAUUAAUUUUGGGAAUAAUACAUACUUCUUCGUUGACGACAAAUACUACAUAUAUCAAUAUCCGCAUAAAUAUCAACUUUAUGGGGCUUCGAGAAUCAAGGAGCAUCUGAAGAACGGUCCUAUUGAAAAAGUUGAUCUGGCUUUCCAUAUGCCGGAUCCGACCUUUCAUGACGCGGAUCAUCAAACCUUUCUAUGGACAAAGGGCCGACAUGGAAAUGAAUAUUGGUGGCUGCUUGAUCCUCAUCAAAAUGGCGUUUUGGCGGUGAUCGACGGCCCAAUGAGCCGAUCAGGCACCUGGGGUAAAAUCCCACAAGAUUCCAACGCUGCCUUCUCACUUCACAACGAUGUUUAUUUUGUCCGCGGCAAUCAGGUCUAUAAGAUGAAGACGCUAAAUCCAAGCUCUGGAAUAGCUGAUGCACUGGAUUUCUCACCGCGCCGCGUGAUGCAAAGGCAUCAGGAUCGCCAUCGGGCGCAACACGAGGGCUCGGAACCUCGACCUUUAGAAGAAUCUCCACAUAAAGACACUGUAUUCCAGGUAGCAUUUGACCAACAUGGUCACCGUCUUGCAACCUGCUCUUCGGAUAUGACAGUGGCAAUCUGGGAUCGUAGCAAAAAUGGUGACUGGAUUCGAAGUGCAUUUUGGAAGGAACAUGGAGGGCCAGUGUGGAGGGUCUGCUGGGCUGCUUCAGAAUUUGGACAGGUCAUCGCCACCUCAUCGAAAGAUCGAUCCGUCCAUAUCUGGGAAGAGCUGAUGGAUCUUGAAGAAUAUGGUGUUCGCCCAAGAUAUAGCUCUGCAGGUUGGGUGCGACGGGCACGGCUGACAGAUAGUCGAGCCGAUGUGGUCGAUAUUAAAUUUGCUCCUAGACAUCUGGGACUCCAAUUGGCUGCUGCCUCUGUCCAAGGGAAGGUCCGGAUACAUGAAGCUAGAGAUUUGAUGGAUUUAUCCCAAUGGACACUCAUCCACACUCUGCAGCCUUUCGCACGUAUCGGUCUACGCUGUAGCUCCGUUGCUUGGUCAUCAGCGCGAUGUUUCCGACCUCUGAUUGCCUGUGCAUCGGAUGAGGAGAUUCCAGAAGAAGAAGCCGAGGAGAAAACUAAAGAGCCGAAGCCCGAAGAAAGGAUUAAAGGGCUGCAAGAGCAACGUGUUCGUCUCUAUGAAUAUGUUGAUACGGCCAGCGGAGGAAAAUGGUUUCCUGUGCAAAUCAAAAUUCCGGUUGCGCUUCCGGUAAACGAUAUGGCUUUUUCACCAUGUGCUUCUGCCGACCAUCACACAUUGGCAGUAGCUGCACAAGAUGUCCAUGUGCUUAAUAUACAGAUUCCGGAGGCGGCAUUCUUAGUCGAUGACUCGCCUCAAGGAACGGAAACCCUUAACAGCUACGCAACAAUCCGAGCCUCCUUCAACAGUGAUCUAUUCAAGAUCUGGCGAUUGAACUGGGAUCUGACUGGAACCGUCCUCACCGGAAUUAGUAGCAACGGAACUUUGAGAUACUGGAUUUCAAGCCAUGGCAACCGCUUUGUUCCACUACGAGCCCUACAACUACGCGAUUAUCUAGAUUUUCCGAAAUUAGACGCCAGAGAAGAGAGCAAAGACGAACGGAAAGGAAAGUCGAAAAGAGACGGC